AUGUCACUUAACAAUAGAAAAAGUGAUCGUGGUAGACUACUUAAGAUAAGUGCACUACCAUUACUACAAACUGUAUUUACAUUGUCGACCUCGAGGGAUGAAAUAAAUCUCACUCAACUACCAAAUGAUUUCGACAAACUAGACAUUGAUCGUCCACGUUCAACAUCCUCUUCAUUAUCAUCAUUUGAUAGAAAAAAUACUAAUUAUGAAUCUAUGGAGUCGGAAGCCCAAAUUAAACGUCUUGAAAUGGAACGUGAUAAUUUAAUUAAUUUAUUAGAAUUAAUUAAAAAACAACAUCGUGAAGAAUUACUAAUUAUGGAGCAAACUUUAAAAACUAAAUUAGAUUUGAUUAAGGAAAGUGCAGAACGUAAAGAGAAUCGUCUUAGAGAAGAAAUCAAUUACCUUGAAAUACAAAAUCGUGAACGAUUAGUUCAAAUUGAAGAGAAACGUGAUCAUUUAUUAACAGAUCUAACAAAUAAAUUGAAUGAAGCACAUCAAACACAUCAACGUGAAUUGAAUGAAUUAAAACAGUCACAUAAUGAAGAAGUUGAAAUGUUAAAAAAACAUCAUCAAGAAUUAAUGGAUCGGUUAAAAUGUGCAUCACAACAUGAAAUACGUACAAUCACUGAAUUACAACCAAAUAGUGAACAAUUAAAAAAUCUUUUAGAACAAAUAAAAACUACUUUAAUCGAUUUAAGUAGAUCACAACAAGAACAAAUAAAAAAUACAACAAUACGACAUGAUCAAUUAACAAGACGUGAAGAAGCAUUACAUAUACUUGAAGAUAAAUUAAAUCAACGUGAGACUUCAUUGGACUAUGAACGAAAACAGAUAGCAGAUUCAUUUUCCAAAUUGGAAAUUCAAUUUCGUGAACAUAAUAAGUUGGCUACAGAUGAUAGAUGGUUAACAAAACAAGAACAUGAUAGAUUGGCAAAAAUUCAAAUUAGUUUAGAAGAAGAAAGACGUUGUCUUAUUGAACAGUCAGGAAGAGCACGUGCUGAAAUGCAACAAUUAGUAUCUACAUUCAUCAAUGAACAUCGUAAUGCUCAAGUAAAAAAUUUAGAAGAACGUAAUUUAAUCGCUGAAGAACAUCAACGUCUACGUACAGAACAAUUAAAUUGGGAAGCGAAACAAAAAUCAGAUGAAUUAGCUUUAAAAAAAGCUAAAGAAGAUAUUGAUGCAAUGAAAGAGAAAUUAGCAAUGGAACGUCAAUCAUUGAAUGAGAAAAUGAAUAAAUUAAGAAUUGAUGAAAUGAAAUUAGAAGAAACUCGACGACAAUUGGAUAUCGUCAGAUGUGAUCUUGUUCGUGAACAAGACGUGUUAACACAUCGUGAAGAAUAUUUAGAUCAACGACAAGAUGAAUUAAAUAAACGUUCUGAAGUUUUAAAUCAAACAGAGAAACUAUUAAAAGAAUCUGAAACUCGACAUCGUCGUUUACAAGAUGAACAAAGUAAACAAUUCACUGAAUUACAAGAAAAAAAUCAUAAGUUACAUGAAAUGGAAAAACAACUUGUUCUUGAGAAGAAACAAUUAGCACAACAAAUGGAUAAAUUGUCUAAAUGUAAAUUAGAAACAGAUAAUCAUUUAAAACAAUCAAUGUGUUUAAAUUGUCGUAUACCAGUUAAAGAAAAUGGUUCUACUCAUCGUUUACAUCAUAAAUUAGACAAUGAUAAUACAGUAAUAAAGACAAAUCAAAAACGAAUUAUAACAAUGAAUGGAAAUAAGAAAGAAUUCAGUAAUGGUUCUUGGAAUGAUCUUUCACAGUUACAUACUUCUCAAGAUCGAGAAUCUUUUCAUUUAAAUGAUGGAAGAGAAGAUAGAAAACAAGAAAAAUUGUUUAUUUUUGAAUAAUCUUUAGAUACUACUAACUACUAUUAUUAUAUGUGAAUAGGAAACAGUUUAGUUUCUUUGGCUCUAUUCACCUCUUCAUUACUCUCUCUCUCUCCUUACCUCACUCUAUCUAUCUAUCUAUCUCUCGCCUACCUCUCUCUAUCUCUUCCUAUGUAUCCUUUAUUUCAUUUAGUAAUGUUUAUAUAAAUCAUUCUCUUUAACUGUAUUAUUCUAUGUUUCUAUUUAAAAGUAAGAAAACCCUAUUCAUUUGA